CCGACAAACCCAGAUGGGCUUGCGAAUCCCAAGUGAAUUUCUUUUCUGCAAAUAGUAGCCGUAUUAAACGCAAAGGCCAUGAAUUGUUGCUUGCAAGGUUCGUCCAACGAGCGGGGAAACAAAGCAGCCACCCGACUCUGGCGUGCCGUUAACGAAGGAGAUGCGGCUGCCUGCGAGAAUGUUGUCCGUUAUGGCAAAGAAAAAAACGCACUCAAAGUCACACUGUGACUGUGCCUCGUCCACCGUUGCAUGCGACUUCUCCUUUUUGAAGAUGUGCGCGUCAUGGGUAGUCUAACGUGAGAAAAGGCUGUAGUUUCAUGUUCCAGAUGUUUACGCAGGGGUUUCUGUCACGUGAGAAAAUUUUCUCCUCCUUCAUGCUCCCGAUGUUUACGAAGGGGUCUUUCCUGGCCGCAAAUUCAUGCUGGACGAGUCGGGCAGUGUGGUGGACACCUCUAUCUUAUGUGUCUAGCUGCGUGUCGUGGUUGAAAGAACAUGAACAAUUUUCUAUUUCACUAUCUGACUAUUCUCAACAGAAACUUUUCGGGUUUAAUCCUCCAGGUGGAGUAGUUAAGAAGAGUACCUUCGUGCAGGAUUACUUAACAAAAAAGUUGUCUAAUUUAUCCGGGUUAUGUGCCUGGGCAUGUGGUUGCAAUGCACGCAGCGGUCGUUCAGGCUGGUGGCGUGGGCGGCAUAAACACCAGUGGCGCGGGAGUCCACGUGUUAUGUGUGUUGGUGUUACACGAGUUUUAGUUUAGACUAGUUGUAAAUGAUUAUGUUGAAAGGCGAGUACACGUGUUAUGCUUAAGUGGCGCAGGAGUACACUUGUUACGCUUUGGUGUGGGAGUAGUGUAGUUGUAAAAGAUCGUGUGGCUGCACCAGGUGAUGAGAAAAUCUCGCAUUUAAUCUUUUUUCGAAAGAUGGAAAAAAAGUUUUGGGGUCAUGUAUCUAACAAUGCUUCCACCGCACGCGCUCCUCGGAUAGUUUUGCACUGCCACAACAAGCGCUCCUAGGAUAGUUUUGCCCUAAAAUACUUUUGCACUUCCACAACAAGCGCUUUUUUUUGGCACUCUCUAAAAAAUACUAAAUGUCUCUAACAAUGCUUCCACAACAAGCGCCAGGCCAACUUUCACAACAGCAACCGACCGUGCCGCAGUACAUCGAUUACAGGAGACUAACCCCGCAGCAACAACACAAGAUGCUAGAAAUUAAGGCUCAAAACAAUUCACUUCUACAAGCCACUUCUCCCUAUUUCCUUCUCAGGAUUCUGAAGAAAUGAAUUUCUUUGAGCUCCAAAGAAAUCCUGGAGGGACGCAACCAAUACGGGGAAACGCCACUCUGGUGCAGCGCGCGCAUGGGAAACUUGCGAAUAGUACAGAUUCUAGCGUCAGGAGGUGCAAACUUUAUGAUGAUCAUGACGAUGUGGCGCGGUGGUGAGGAAGUCGUAGGGCGAUGACAAGAAUGAAAAUGAUGUCAUGUUUUUAGAUUGCUCUCCCUCUACUUUCUAAGUCUUUAAAUCCCGAAAACGCGAUGAUGGUGAACCAAUCCGGAGCACGUCCAGGAGGUGGCGUGCUUGCCAGUGUAGUAAUGUCCGCAAGUUUUCAACCACAGAUGACACCUGGUCGAAACGAUGCUGCGGCACCAAAGAAUCCGCAUUUGGACGUUUUGGCUUACCUUGUUCGCAAAGGCAGCAGCGUGCAUGGUUUUGGUGGUGGGAAUGCGCCUCUGUUAGUUGCACUAAAAACCCGGAAAGAAGCCGUUGCUUGGAAGCUGAUGGAACUGAGUGCGGAUGUGUGGACCUCAAAAGACGAGUUCGGCAACACAGGGCUACACAUAGCGGCCGCGCAAACGCUAGAGGGGUUGGUGAUGCACUUGAUCAAGACCUCGAGUUCAGCCUCAUCGUCGACUAGAACAGUUGCUGGCUCUGGUGGAACACAACAUUCAAUAGAAGCCGCGGUGAAGGCACAGAACGUGGAUGGGCAGAGCGUGGUGAUGAGCAGUAGACUGGCAAAUAUUGGACCACAAUUGCAAUUGUCACCGACUGUUAUGUUCCGUGGAUUAUACAUGAAGAUACAUGAUACUAGAUUCGCAUACAACUUCUUGCAACUACAUUUUAUUUCUUGUCCGAAAUGCUGCAUUUUGUUUUUGAUUUUUAACAAACAUCUCAUAGUACAUUAUAACAGAUUUCCUUCCACUGGAAAUCAAAGUAAGUACAUGUCUUUUUUCCAGUAUUCUUUCCACUGGAAUAAAUUAGAGUCUAAGUACUUUAAGUACUUGCUUCUAAUCGGAGCGAAUGGUUACAACUACGAGACGUACCAGUGGGGAGUAGUUUAGUGUGCAGUUGUUGCGGCAGUCCGUGUCGGCCAGCAGGAGGAGCCUCGAAUAAUCUCAAUGCCAGCUUCAGAGCAGAGCGCAUUUAUCUGGGCACAGCACCGAAUGAUAUGGGAAGUUGCUUAGUGGUAGGGAAAUGACGUUGGUUCUUCUUGGUCGCAUGGUUACAACAAAUGUAGUUUUUUAUCAAGAGCAGACAAGUUCUAGUUGUCGUUGCAAGUCGUAGAGCAGACGCAUCGAUCUCAAAUUUUCUUGUGAUUCUUCUUUCCACACCCAAAACUACCUCCAAACCCCAACAAGUGCUCACUUCUCAUAUUUCGCUACCAGUGGGUGAAAUGCCAGAUGUGUGCCUUCUCCCCUUUUUUUCCGGGUAACCACGUGUUAGCCUGUCAAUUGGCGUUGAAGGCAGGAGAUAUUUAUUCCUUGACGGAUGGAGUGGAAGGAUGUUGGCUCGCAGGGCUGACCCCACCAAACGUCGCCGCAGGAGACUUGCACCCAGUGAUAUCAGAAGCUAUUUCGACUUAUGAUUGAAUGGAAGAUCAUAGCGUGAAAGAACAAUGUUUGAUUAAUCAAAUCCAAACUUCGAAGUUUGGGAAUCCUUCUCUAACCGUCCCUCGUCAUUGUAUGAAAUCGAAACUUCGAAGUUUGGGAAUCCUUCUCUAACCUUCCCUCGUUUCUAACCUUCCCUCGUCACCACCUUGCAAGCGCAUUUGAAGCGUGCGAUUGACAAUGAAGACGUGCAGGAACUGGAACGCGGGAUCGAAAUGCUCAGCUACUCGAAGAUAGCUGGUCUGCGCGAAGACAACCUGGCCAGAGACCUGUUGGUGAAACUGAAAUUAACCAGGGCGAUUAAAGUUAUGAGGCAAAGGGGUGACCGUGUUGUCUGUUAAAUUUAAUUUCUGUGUCUAUUGAGAAUGAAACAGAAGUUUAGGCGUGUCUCUUCUGUUCUUGUUGUUAUGAUUUUUUUUACUCCACAUACCCCCUGACUGGGUACACUACUACUACUCCUACUACGCUACUCCUACUACGCUACUCCUACUACGCUACUCCUACUACGCUACUCCUACUACGCUACUCCUACUACGCUACUCCUACUACUCCUCCUACUACUACUACUCCUCCUACUACUACUACUACGCUACUCCUACUGCUCCUACUACUCCUCCUACUACUCCUACUGCUGCGCCUACUACUACUUUCGGACACUCUAACGGCUCAGGGAAGCCAGCGGAACUGAAACAAGGCAUCAUGACCUGCGAACAGUACGGACGCGCGGAUGCAGACAAGUUUCCUCAGCUGUACGAACUUUACACCGAAGCACAGGACCUCCUAGAAGAACUACAGCUCCAAGAACGAUUAGCGGAUGCGGUGAACCAAUUGAAAUGGGCCUUAGAACACGAAGACAUGCGAUUGUGCGCAGUAGCCUUGAGGGCAGUGGAGGAUGGACGUGAGACGGAGAAGAAAUCAAGAAGGAGAUCGGGGAGUGAAGAUUUAAGGAUUGAAGGUCGUGGUGUGAAGUGAGGAGCUCGCUUUUUUUGAAUUUCUGUAUAGCGCACAUUGAUGAUGUCUGAUCAAAAUUUUUACGCUCCGAGAUGACCUACACAAACAUCUCUGCCUUUUCAUACUCACCUGACGGAUCUCCCGGACGCAAAAGUGGUAUUUCUAUUUCCGACGGUUCACCUGGGACUCGACGAAAACAGGCAGGGAGCUUAGCAAGCCCUUUGAAAGAGGGCGAUGAAAAAACAGUAAAUCGCGGAUGGAAAAUAUUUGCUCGUUUUCUCGCCACCGCUUGCCGAGAAGCAGAAAACGAACUACAGUUGGCGGCUAGAUUUAGUGUGGACGAAAAAAUACGGAAGGGUUUGGGAAGUCCGGUUCCGUCACCUAGAGAUCCAUCAAAGACGCCUUCCAAAGAAAAGAGUUCUAGUUCUGCUGUUGGUGGAGGCGUCUCUCCUCAGAAGCUAGAUGAAAUCCAUUUCGCACUCGAAUGUGCGAGAACCUUCGGCAUCAAACAUGCAGAACUUCAAGUGCGCAUAGAUGAAGCAGCGAACUCGUCGAAUGCACUAGGGCAAUUGGAGAAGACAUUUACACACAUGAUCAAAAGCCACCUCGUCUCUGCUAUUCAAGCCUUUGACCGCAGAGCACUCGAGAAAAGCAUCAAGUUGGCUGAGAAGUACAAUGCAACUGCGAUCGUGGAGUAUGAUAAUGCAAAAACGGAACUCGUGCUGUUUCCGCAGAAGCAGGCGUUGAGAUUGCUGAAGGAUGCGGCGAAGCAGGUGACGUCAGCAUCAGGAGGAGGACCGCAUCAGAGGUAUGAGAAGGAGGUGUAGAUGAUCAAUUGAGCAGACAAGAUAGACAUACGUCAUUGCAAGGGUUUGAAAGUGAGCACUAGUUCAAGUCAGUGUGAGAUGACAGUCACUGUGGUCACGCUUUAGUUUUUGAGCACAAGAAUGCAGCUCGAUGAGAGUAUCUGUGAUUCGAUGAAAUGAACUUUUCUAAUUCAAAACAACAAGCAAAGAGCCAUCCUACAGGAAAUCACAAGAGGGGAAGGAAGCGGCGAAGCAAUUGGAGGCGGCGCUGAGAAAUCUGUUCUUCAGUGCAGAGUUGAAGAAUGCUGGUCUGCAGAACACUCCGGAGGCGAAGGAGGCAGUGGAUUUGUUACGUCGUCAUCAUUCCUUUCCCUACUUCCGUUAUUCUUAAAAAUCCCUAUGUACAUCAUCGUGUAUGAAGAUUACCACCCGCGGCGCUUCCGGAUACACCUCGCGUGAGAAAGAAGCAACGGCAUCCUAUCUUAUCCUAUCCUUCCUCAUUCAUAACUCUUCAAGGAUUUGCAUUCUAUACCAGCGCAUUUCGACACGGGAUUAGUAGUGCAGAAAUUGCGUGGUGGUGCUGGUGGUGAAGGAGUGCCAGCUUAUCGAAAACCACGAGAUGAAUUGCUGACGAUAGUGCAGGAAUUCUUCGAUUUAACUUACGAGAAGAGGCUAGUAGUUGACAUCAAGAAACUUAUCGAACCUAUGCAGAGUCGCGGAAGUAGUGACCGCUGUUGCCACUUAAUUAGUGAUUUUCACCACUUAAGCGAAGACGGCUGGCACCACAGUGACGUCCCCUCUCGCUUAAGUGGUGACUUCCCCUCUCGCUUAAGUGGUGACUUUCACCGCUUAGCGGAAGCCUCAGUCACUACUUAAGAAAGGCCGAAACGGUUAAGAAGGGCCUCUUAACGGUUUCGCGAGACCGAUAUGGGGCGUCCCGAAACCGUCGCGUCCUUAACGGUUUCGCGAAACCAUUAAGGGGGGCCCCGAAACCGUUUGGCGAAGCCGUCAAGAGCUGUUUCCCUAACGGUUUCGCAAAACCGAUAAGGCGGGCUCGAAACCGUUUCGCGAAGCCGUUAAGAGCUGUUUCCCUAACGGUUUCGCAAAACCGAUAAGGCGGCCCCGAAACCGUUUCGCGAAGCCGUUGAGAAUUGUUCUCUUACCGAUUUCGCAAAACCGAUAAGGCGGCCCCGAAACCGUUUCGCGAAGCCGUUAAGAGCUGUGCCCUUAACGGUUUCGCGAAACCGAUAAGGCGGCCCCGAAACCGUUUCGCGAAGCCGUUAAGAGCUGUACCCUUAACGGUUUCGCGAAACCGAUAAGGCGGCCCCGAAACCGUUUGGCGAAGCCGUUAAGAGCUGUACGCUUAACGGCUUCGCGAAACCGAUAAGGCGGCCCCGAAACCGUUUCGCGAAGCCGUUGAGAUCUGUACCCUUAACGGUUUCGCGAAACCGAUAAGGCGGCCCCGAAACCGUUUCGCGAAGCCGUUAAGAGCUGUACCCUUAACGGUUUCGCGAAACCGAUAUGAGCUGUUUUCCGCAACCGUUAAGCACAGGAGUUACUCAUUGUUGGGACAAUAUUUUUUUAUUGAAAUUGUAUGAUACUCUCGAGAUCUUAUUAAGACCCCGUUCUAAGCCGCAAUGGUCCGUAAAAGAACUCGAGAUCGUCGUGGCGGAGUGCCUAGAGCUUACGAAGCAGUGAAAGUGAUGCACGUCCAGAACCACAAGAUCUGGGUGAACUACCUCAAAGGCAAGAACAAAGUGAUGCGCACACUAGAGGCUGCUGAAAAUUCUCCCGAUGGGCCCACUAGAGGAGCAGUUUACCCUAGGUACAACAACAGCAGGAAGCCGGAGGAAAUGGUCAAGACACUGGGAAUCUUGCCAGGAAGUAAUUUGCGGUUUGACCAGUGCUGGAGCAAGAUUAGUGGAGAAGACAAGAACAUCAAGACGGAUUCGAAUGAAUACUAUCUUUUUCAUGGUACGAAACCGGAAGCGGCUUUGGCUAUCACAGAUCAAGAUUUCAAGAUCAAUCUUGCGGGAACGAAUGCGGGGUCGUUGUAUGGAAGAGGCGUGUAUUUCGGAGAGUGCUGCACAAAAGCGGACGAGUACGCACAAGAGAGGCAGGAUGGAUUGAAUCCGAUUUUGAUAUGCCGGGUUGUUUUGGUACUUCUAUUAACUGUCGACCAUAGAUUGAUCGUUUUUGCAAAAUUUCAAUUCUUUUUGCACGUUGAAAGGCCAAGUUAUAGGCUAUCCCCACUAAUCCUCACAGGGCCGCGUUCUCUACGAAGAUGCGAUUUACCCGGAUCCGGACAAUCUCGUUUCUCUCUGUGUAAACGGCGAUUACGAUAGCGUGUUAGGCGACCGCGAAAAAUGCAGAGGAACCUAUCGCGAGUUCAUCACUUACGAUUCCGAUAAUGUGUAUCCGGAAUUUAUAGUUUGGUAUAAGAGACUGCACUGAACAAGGGGAUAGGGUUUAGGGUUAGAGUAAUGAACAAGGGGAUUAGAGUUAUCGUACAAGUAGUUGUAUAUAGACGGGGAGGAGUUAUAGACGUACAAGUAGUUGUAUAUAGACGGGGAGGAGUUAUGGACGUACAAGUAGUUGUAUAUAGACGGGGAGGAGUUAUGGACGUACAAGUAGUUGUAUAUAGACGGGGAGGAGUUAUGGACGUACAAGUAGUUGUAGAGUUCAAGCAAACCGGUAAGAUUUCUCUCGCCUUAGCUUAGUUCCAGCAAUAUCUAAAGUUGUAUAUAG